AGAAAGAAUUUCUUCAUUUUUCGUAUAUUUUCUGUUUUUAGACAACAGACUCUGGACCCUGACAUCGCGGCGCCGAAUCCCGCACGCGAUCGUGUACCACACCACGGCGCGACAUGUUCGACACGGUCUGCUCCCUCCCCCUCUCCUCCGAUCUCUUCGCGCAAGCCGUCCAUCCCACCGAGCCAUUGGUCGCAGUCGGGCUCAGCGCCGGCCAUGUCGCCACCUUGAAGCUACCUCCCCUCGACGGGAGCAUAGCCGCGCCGACCGCGAGCCGGUCCCAAGGCCGGAGAGGGAGCAACGGCACCGGCGUGAUCGAGACGGCCUGGCGGACGAAACGCCACAAGGGCAGCUGUCGGUGUCUCGCGUACAGCAUCGACGGGCGACAGCUCUACUCCGCCGGCACCGACGGCCUGGUCAAGGCCGCCGACAGCGCCACCGGGGUCGUCACCGGCAAGGUCGCCGUGCCCUUCGACCCCUCCGCCUCCCGGCAGACGGUCGACGCGCCCACCGUGAUCCACGCGCUCAGCCCCCAGACCCUGCUCCUGUCCACCGACUCGGGCGCGCUCCACAUCUACGACCUCCGGGACCCGGCCCCCAGCAUCCCGCUCGACGCCGACCACCGCAAGACCGCCUUCACCGCCGCGCGGCCGUCGCAGACCUACCAGCCGCACACGGACUUCAUCUCCGACCUCUCGCCGAUCCCGCCGUCGGCGGCCUCGACGUCCGGCUUCAGCAAGCAGUGGCUGACCAUCGGCUGCACCACGCUCGCGCUGACGGACCUGCGGCGCGGCGUGCUCGCCAAGUCCGAGGACCAGGAGGAGCUCCUCCUCUCCUGCCUGUACGUGACGGGCCUGCCGGUGAAGAAGAGCAGCGGGCACUCGGGCUCGAAGGCGGUCGUCGGCGGCGGCGACGGCGUGCUCACGCUGUGGGAGAAGGGCCAGUGGGACGACCAGGACGAGCGGAUCCACGUCAGCCGGGAGGGCGAGACGCUGGACUGCCUGGCGCACGUGCCGGACGGGGUCGGCGGGCCGGGCAGGCGGAUCGCGGUGGGCAUGGGCGACGGCCGGAUCCGCUUCGUGCGCCUCGGCAUGAACCGCGUGGUCGGCGAGAACUCCCACGACGACGUCGAGGGCGUCGCCGAGCUCGGCUUCGACGCCCUCGGCCGCAUGAUCUCCGGCGGCGGCCAGGUCGUCAAGGUCUGGCAGGAACACAUGGCCGGGGAGGCGGAGGACGAGCGGGAGGAAGAGGAGGGGGAGGGCGCCGCGGGGAAGCGGACGGCGGACAGCGAUGACGACGACGAUGAUGAUCAGGGCGAUGAGGACGACGAUAGCGACAGCGACGACGAGGGCCCGUCGCAUGGCCGCCGCAAGAAGAGGAAGCGCGGUAAGGGCCCUGCUCCCAGCAAGAGCAAUUUCAAUUUCUCCGGUUUGGAUUGAAGGAGAGAGAGAGAGGGCAGAUUC